AUGGAGCUUUAUACCAUUAUCAAAGAGUUCAAAGGAAAGAAGAUUGAAGAAAAAUUUUCGCUGUUGGAAGAAAGACUUGUGCAACUAACUUCAUGUCCACCCAAAGAAACAACGGUUCUUACCCGUUAUUUAAAAUAUUUCAAGACCAGUUUCAAAGAAAGAUGGUCGGCAGCCCGUAAUACUGAUAAGAGAUUCGUAAAAAACAAUAUAGAAUGGCUUAAUGUAUCACUGGAACUACCUACUUGGACCCACAAAGCAGGCCGACCAACAAAAGAAUUGUGUGAUCGAAGCAAGCGUCGAAGAACACAAGAUUUACGGGACCGGGUACCUGUUGAGGAAUUGACGUACGCUGCAAGAGUGAGUCAAGGUACUUCGGGAAAUAUUGAUGCGUCUAAGAUUAUGAAAGAAAUAACAUCAACGCCAACCAGAGCUAAAAUGUUCCGAAAAGCAAUAUCGUCAGCUAAAAACGUACCAAUUGCGAGAAAAUACACACCACAAGAAGCAUUAGCGUUAUUUGUAGAAGGUAAUUUUACAAGAGGGCAGUGGGAAUUAUUACAAGGUGGCCGAAAAGAAAUUUAUCCUUGCUAUUCGCUUUUACAAAAAGCGAAAAAGGAGUGUUAUCCCGCCGAAGAUAGCAUAAAAGUUACUGAAACUAGCUUCGAAGUGGAACUUCAAGCUUUGCUGGACCACACGGCUUUGCGACUACUUCAGUAUUUAAAAGAAGUGAUUGGAACAUUAUCAGAGUUGGAGAAACAACAUCUUACCUUAAUAUCAAAAUGGGGCUGUGAUGGAUCUAAUCAGACACAGUUUAAGCAGACAUUUUCCAAUACUGGUGACGAUGAUGCCAAUAUAUUUUUAAGUUUUCUUGUACCUGUGAGAAUGAUUGUUUCUAUUAAUAGAGAGACAAGAAAAAUUAUAUGGCAAAAUCCAGUGCCUUCUUCGGUGAGAUUCUGUCGUCCUAUCCGGGCUCGGUUCAUUCACGAAACAAAGGAUAUCACAAAGGAAGAAAUCACCUAUAUUGAAGAACAAGCAAGGAAUCUCAAAGAAACUACUGGUAUGGAAGUUUCGGUUAAAAUAAAUCACAACAUUUUGCUCACAAUGGUCGAUGGAAAGGUGUGCAAUGCCGCGACUGAUACGGCUAUCAAUAUACGGCGGCAUCAACAAUGA